CUCUGCGUCUACCAUUAAACCCUAGAUUACUUGUCUCUCGAGACGCUCUCUGCGAAAAGCAUUCUCGAUCGUAAUCCAAAGGUUCUGUAAUGAAGAAGUCUCGAGAAAGUGGUUUCUUGUUCUGUGGGUUGUGUGGGAAUAUGCUGAUUUUGAAAUCAACCAAGUGUGCAGAAUGUCCACUUUGCAAAACAACGAGAAAUGCUAAAGAUAUCAUUGACAAGAACAUAGCUUACACAGUUUCUGCUGAGGAUAUCAGAAGAGAAUUAGGAAUAUCUCUCUUUGGUGAAAAGACGCAGGAAGAAGCAGAGCUACCAAAGAUCAAAAAGGCGUGCGAGAAAUGCCAGCACCCAGAGCUUGUAUACACAACCAGACAGACGAGAUCAGCGGAUGAAGGACAGACAACAUACUACACUUGCCCCAAUUGUAGUCAUAGAUUCACAGAAGGUUGAGGUUAUAAUCAUCUCUCCAACAUGUGUUUCAGAUUUCACGGAGCAUACCAGUUUUGUUUCUUACAUCAAUAUUAUCUAUCAACUUUCAUAUCCGGUGUGAUCAUUAGAACUUUAUGUGUAGUUUCUUGCAUUUAUGUCACGAACUCAAACAUUCAAUGUCAUCAUCAUCAGUAGCUGUUAAAAUCA